GAUGUCCAUGAAGCAUAAAUAUUUUUUUCGCAACCAAACUCAUCUAUGAACAGAAUUGCCGACGUGUUCAGGGACGUCGCGCGCAUCGUGCGUAGAGGUGUAUCCGGCCCAUCAUGGCUUUUGCCAGUUACGGUUUUCCAGCCCACAGAGCAUGAUGCUGGCCGUAACCUGGUUGACGGCGAAAUCACCCUGACGGCGGCAGUCAUUGGCGAAGGGUGCUUUGGACGAGUUGUAAUAUGCCAGAUCCCCGGCAUGGAAAAGCCCGCAGUUGCUAAAAUUGUUCAACUAGGCACUUCGGCGGCGGCGGAGCUCACUAACGAGGCGGUUAUCAUGCGAACUCUACAGCACCCCAACAUCUGCGCGUUCUACGGAGCCCUGCAAACUCGGGAGCGCGCGUAUUUCGUUUGCGAACGACUAGCCGGAGUAACGCUGGCGACCAUGACAGUGGGUAGAACCGCUGGUGUGCUCAUGCCUCUACUGGGUGAGCCGGAGUUGCGCGACAUAGCUCACCAGUGUCUGAAAGCGCUGCGCUAUCUCGACUCGGCACGCAUCGUUCACAGCGAUAUCCAUAUGAACAACGUCAUGAUGACGUCACAUGGUAUCGUGAAACUUAUCGACUUCGGAAUGGCCAUAAACAUGCGGGAUGCACACCGUAUUAUGAUACGCAUGCGUCAACGAGCAGAUCCGCCGGAGACAAGGGCGAUGGCGCUUGGCGGGAUUUGCCCUAAGACAGACGUCUUCAUGCUGGGCACAAUGCUGUUCGAGUUCAUGCUCGGACUGUCGUCGUUCGGGAAUCUCAAGCAGAAGUCGUACCAAACUAUACAGCAUAUUCUCGCCCAAGGCAUUCGCGGGUCCAGCCCAGCGUUCCGUGCACUGAGUUUGCAUUUGAAAAAUUUGAUCAGGAGAAUGACGGCGUACGCGCCGAACACACGUCUCUCCGCGCAGGAAGCCCUUGAACACCCGUGGUUUACUUCGGCGACCGGUCGGGCGUACCCUGUUCCGCCACCAGUGGCCUUCCGAAACUGGACCCCAGUGCAGAGGGAGCAGGACCUUGAUCAAGGCGAGGUCACAAGGCUUGUAGCCGAGUUACAUAUGAGUCGCAGAAAUGUGGCUGGAGCCAUUCUAAGUCGACCUAAUGGAUGGCUUGGCAUUGCUUAUCGUGCUAACGUCACGCUGAGACGCAACGAACAACAGCUCUGAAUAAUAUCGACAUCUAUUUCCCGUCUCCACGCAGCUUGAAUGCGCUCAAGGCCCGUCGCUCUCCUGCGCGAUGACUACGCCUUGCGGCGAAGGCUCUUUUAUUUAAAAAAGCGAUCCUGUUAGCUUUCAUAUUAUUGUGUAAUCAUUAAUUUGCUUGUGCGAUGCGAGAACUACCGUACAGUAAUGUGUACCCGUAAUUCCUUGGUCACGUGGUAAAGUUUGAUCACAACCAUGUUUAUAUUGUCAUAUGCGAUGUGGCAAACUGUUUAGAAAUAAUAUUUGAAUCGUAGAUCUACGUUUUCAUUUUUCAUGAUAUCCCCUCAUGAUAUCUCCUGGAUAUCCUCACACACGUGUAAAGAGAAUAAAGUUCUCGAUAAUGAAAUCAGCCACGAGCGACACUUUCUCGCACUGCUCUCUGAUGCUCACGACGUGUUUGUUGCCCUGGUGACGGAGCGUCUAAGUAAGUUUGUA